CCCCCACGCGCAUGCGCGGCCCGGGGUCUCGGGGCGUUGCUGGGAAACAUCUGCCGAUGGUUGCGGCGGGCACCGGCCGACAUGGCGGCAGCGGUGGCAGCUGCGCUGGCGCGGCUUUUGGCGGCCUUUCUGCUCCUCGCGGCCCAGGUGGCCUGUGAGUACGGCAUGGUGCACGUGGUCUCCCAGGCUGGGGGCCCCGAAGGCAAAGACUACUGCAUCCUCUACAACCCGCAGUGGGCCCAUCUUCCCCACGACCUCAGCAAGGCAUCUUUCCUGCAGCUGCGCAACUGGACGGCCUCCCUGCUCUGCUCCGCAGCCGACCUCCCCGCCCGUGGCUUCAGCAACCAGAUCCCGCUGGUGGCGCGGGGGAACUGCACCUUCUAUGAGAAAGUGAGGCUGGCCCAGGGCAGCGGAGCACGCGGGCUGCUCAUCGUCAGCAGGGAGAGGCUGGUCCCCCCGGGGGGUAAUAAGACGCAGUAUGAUGAGAUUGGCAUUCCCGUGGCCCUGCUCAGCUACAAAGACAUGCUGGACAUCUUCAGGCGUUUCGGCCGCAUGGUGAGGGCGGCGCUGUAUGCGCCUAAGGAGCCGGUGCUGGACUACAACAUGGUCAUCAUCUUCAUCAUGGCUGUGGGCACCGUCGCCAUCGGCGGCUACUGGGCCGGGAGUCGGGACGUGAAGAAAAGGUACAUGAAGCACAAGCGCGACGAUGGGCCCGAGAAGCAGGAGGACGAGGCGGUGGACGUGACGCCGGUGAUGACCUGCGUGUUUGUGGUGAUGUGCUGCUCCAUGCUGGUGCUGCUCUACUACUUCUACGACCUCCUCGUGUACGUGGUCAUCGGGAUAUUCUGCCUGGCCUCUGCCACCGGCCUCUACAGCUGCCUGGCGCCCUGUGUGCGGCGGCUGCCCUUCGGCAAGUGCAGGAUCCCCAACAACAGCCUGCCCUACUUCCACAAGCGCCCGCAGGCCCGUAUGCUGCUCCUGGCGCUCUUCUGCGUGGCCGUCAGCGUGGUGUGGGGCGUCUUCCGCAAUGAGGACCAGUGGGCCUGGGUCCUCCAGGACGCCCUGGGCAUCGCCUUCUGCCUCUACAUGCUGAAGACCAUCCGUCUGCCCACCUUCAAGGCCUGCACGCUGCUGCUGCUGGUGCUGUUCCUCUACGACAUCUUCUUCGUGUUCAUCACGCCCUUCCUGACCAAGAGUGGGAGCAGCAUCAUGGUGGAGGUGGCCACUGGGCCCUCGGACUCAGCCACCCGUGAGAAGCUGCCCAUGGUCCUGAAGGUGCCCAGGCUGAACUCCUCACCUCUGGCCCUGUGUGACCGGCCCUUCUCCCUCCUGGGUUUCGGAGACAUUUUGGUGCCAGGGCUGCUGGUGGCCUACUGCCACAGGUUUGACAUCCAGGUACAGUCCUCCAGGGUAUACUUCGUGGCCUGCACCGUCGCCGGCCCUAAGGAAAGAAGCUGCGGGGGCUUCUGGUUCCUGAGCACAGGGCCAGGCCAGGCCGCCUCUGCCGAGCCACGCCUCCGACCCCGCCCUCCACGUGGCUCCCUAAACGUCCACCCCCAGGGCCAGGAGAGUUCAGGCCGGCCUGCUGUGCCUUUGGUUGGUGGUGGCCCCCUCACACCUGCCUCCUGCAGCCUCAGCCUAUGGCGUUGGCCUCCUUGUGACAUUCGUGGCGCUGGCCCUGAUGCAGCGUGGCCAGCCCGCUCUCCUCUACCUGGUGCCCUGCACGCUGGUGACGAGCUGCGCUGUGGCGCUCUGGCGCCGGGAGCUGGGCGUGUUCUGGACGGGCAGCGGCUUUGCGAAAGUCCUACCUCCAUCUCCGUGGGCCCCAGCGCCAGCUGACGGCCCGCAGCCUCCCAAAGACUCUGCCACGCCGCUCUCCCCGCAGCUGCCCAGCGAAGAACCAGCUACAUCCCCCUGGCCUGCUGAGCAGUCCCCAAAAUCACGCACGUCCGAGGAGAUGGGGGCUGGAGCCCCCAUGCGGGAGCCUGGGAGCCCAGCUGAACCCGAGGGCCGGGACCAGGCCCAGCCGUCCCCGGUAACCCAGCCUGGCGCCUCGGCCUAGGGGAGGGGUGAGAUGCUCGCUGCCGUGCCCGCCACACCAAGAUGUUGGGGCUGCCUGGCGCCCACUGGAGACAGACAGACAGACGCCUGUCCCCCGGGACUGAGGCCUAUGCCGUCCCCACCUGCCCCAACAUGGUGCUCAUCCUUGCCGAGACCCCUGCGGUCCGUGCCCGCGCCCAGCCCAGCUGCCCUGGCUGCACGCCUGCUGCUCCAAGCUCGCCCGGCUGCCACAAGCUCUCUGCGGGUCCGUCCUCCCCACCGGGGUCCUUCCUCGCAGGCCCUGCCUGGCCUCUCUGCAGACCCUCAAGCGUCGUCUGCAUGAGCGAGCAGGCGUGGGUGGACUCUGGCCGCAGCCACACUUGGUGCUCACCAGCUGCUUCGUCCUCCAGGUGACCUCCCUCCCCACGGCGUCCUUUUCUCCGGGUGGAAGAGCAGCUUUCUGUCUCCCAGAAGGCAUCGCUUUUCCCUCUUGAGCAGAUCGGAGCCCCUGGGAGGUUUGGAAGCUGCUUUCAAGCCUAGGACACGGACUGGUGGCCGGGGCGGCCUCUGGACCCUGACGCUGGCUGAGACAGGCCCGUGGGGCAGGGUUUUGGGGCGUGAACGAGGCUGGCAGUGAGUGGACAAGCUGCUCCCCUGGCUAAGGCCCUGCCCUGCCCUCAGCCAGAGGUGUCUGGCCAUGCCUGCACACUCCUCCCCGUUUUAAUAAAUGGUCGCAACUUCUAGAAGUCCUGCUGGUGCCACCUGGUGGGGUGGACGUCUCUCAGACUGCCCUUCUGACAAGCAGGGGUGGUGGGCGCCAGGCAGGCUGAGUCAGGCCCUCAGGGGUCCCUGGAGCCCUGGGAGGGAGGAACUGGGUCGUGGGAGGUCCUGGUAGCUCCCGGCACCCAACCUCGCUUCCCGUGUGGGCCCCGUGUUGCUUUUCUGCUGAGAGGGGCUUGGGCCUCGGUUCUCCCUGUGGCAGUGGCGUUGGUGCGUGGGUUCUUAACCCUCUGGACCCAGCAGCUAGGAGCUUCUGGAACCCACGAGGACAUCUGCCACGGGCGUGGUCUACUCACUGAUGGGAUCCUCCUGAUUCCAGGGCAGAGACGUCCGUGCGGGAACUGACCGAGGCGUGGCCCCAGGCCCCGGCAUCCUCUGCUCGCUGACCGAGGCGUGGCCCCAGGCCCUGGCAUCCUCCCCUCGCUGCACGUGGUCACUUCCGAAGCAGCGCUCCCUGUGGCCACAGAGACAGAGCCUGCACCCUGGCUGUCUGUGGUGCCUGGGCCCCAGCUCCCGCCCGCCACCCGCCCUGUCGAGUGCGGCCUCCAGACUCGAGUCCAGAAUCUGUUUCUGUCAAGUCAGUCGUCCCCAGCUGCACACGGGGACUGCUGAGUGCUGCGUUCUCACGGGUCUGUUCCGGACAGAGGGUGGCAGGGGUGAGCCCUGAUCCCUUACAAAAAAUACCAGCUUCCCAGGGAGUAAUGGCGCCUUCACUGAAGCCAUUUUGUACAUGGGGACGGGGUGGGGACGUCUCUUUUUUGGUGUUGGACAUUUGACCAGUGGGGAGGGGUUCAGAGGCGGCGGUCCUAUCCUUGGCUCCGUCUGUCCAUGUGGCCUUGCUGCCAUUCAGUCUGAUCAUUAAACACAGCUUUUGAUACA